AUGGCCAAUCCCCAGGUGGUAUCAUCUUUCGAGGAUGAAAUGGACCAGCCCCCGGGCACAUUCAAACUAAUUCGAGAUGAUGAGACAGAUGAGAAUGGGCAAUCCAUUAUCUAUCUUGACCCGAUUCCCUCAUCCGACCCGAAUGAGCCCCUAAACUGGAGUACCAUGCGAAAAUCCGUCAAUUUCACAAUUGUUUUGGCCAUGACAAUCAUCAUAUUCACAGCGCUGUCCAUCCAAUCCAUCUUUUGGCAGCAGAUGACCAUUGAUUUGGAUGUCACCUACAAUGAAUUGAACAAUGCCAUGGCGGUGAACUAUGUUGGUCUCGCAACUGGUUGCGUCCUCUUUAUUCCAUUUGCGAAAAAGUACGGCCGACGGCCAGUUUAUAUCGUCUCAACCGCACUGAUGUUGGCAACGUCAUUUUGGACAGCCAAAAUAAACGGGUUGACAGAGCUGUAUGUGACCAACUUGCUUCAGGGGUUGGCUGGUGCAACCAACGAGUCAAUAGCUGAGAUUACAAUUGCCGACCUGUUCUUCGUGCAUCAUCGGGGAAGUAUGAAUGGACUAUACCUGACAUGUGUCAUGUUUGGUAGCUUCUUGACUCCCAUGGCUGCAGGGGCACAAGCCACACAGAAUGGUUGGCGCAUGUGCUAUCACACCAUGGGAAUAUUCAACGGCAUACUUUUAGUCCUCUUUAUCUUCCUUUACGAAGAAACGAAAUACAUCCCUAUGUUCACUGGGCAAGCUAGAGCUACCACUGAAGAAAAUGACCUAUCCGCCCCAAUCAAAAAUGACGGACCGGACCUAUUUGACUCGGGCUCUACAGCCAAAAGCCCUUCUGUCAUUGAACAGGCUCGUUCACAUCACGUUCUGGACCUCACCAUACCGCAGAACUCAUGGCGCAAGCGACUCGCUCUGGUAACGCCAACACCAGAACCGAUAUGGCCGCAUUUCUACCGCCCCUUCUGCAUCCUCAUGUUUCCCGCUGUGGCCUUUUCAGCACUUCAAUACGCAGCGGCGGUAGCCUGGCUGACGGUAACAUCAAAUGUCCUGUCAAUCACAUUCCCAGAGCCACCAUACCUCUUCUCACCUGCCCAAAUCGGAUACACUAGUGCUGGUCCACUAAUCGGGAGCAUUAUUGGAGCAAUAUAUGGUGGAUACCUUGGUGAUCGGUCGAUUUUGUACUACGCAAAACGUAACAAGGGUUAUUACGAGCCUGAGAUGCGGUUGUACAUCUUACACUUGCCGGCCAUUUUCAUGGCAGGUGGCCUUGUGAUGUUCGGUGCAACAAUUUAUAGAGGAAUGCAUUGGAUCUGGCCUAACGUUGCAAGUGCCUUCUUCGGGUUUGGCCUGGGCAGUAUUAGUGAUGCUGCAUUGGUGUUAGUCAUGGACAGUUAUACAGAGAUUACCGGUGAUGCUUUCACCGCUGUGGCGUUCAUGCGCAACGCGGUCAGUAUUGGCAUUCCAUUCGCAAUCUAUCCAUGGAUCGAGCGCAAUGGCAUACAGAACAUGUUCAUCGUGUGCGGGGCUCUGAGCCUUGCCAUUACUGGAUCGAUUAUUCCAAUGGUCCUUUGGGGCAAGGCUGCUCGGCGUGCAACGGCAGGUCGAUAUCGCGAUAUCGUAGAGCGUGGCCGUGCUGCUUGA